AUGGCCAACAUCAGUUACCAAGACAAAGUCUUUCACGUUGUGGGGCUCUUGUGUUUCUUGAUGUUGGUACAAAAGAAUAAUGCAUUUCAAUUCACGGUUGGAGGUUCGAAAGGUUGGACCGUGCCUGACAAUACCAGUUCAAAGGGCUACUAUAUUGAAUGGGCUGAACGUACCCGAUUUCAGAUUGGAGACUCCCUCUUGUUUGCUUAUGAUUCUAGCCAAGACUCAGUGCUCCAGGUAAAAAAGGAGGACUAUGAAAGCUGCAAGACCAAGAGUCCGAUUGCAACAUUCAAUGACGGUCACACUGUCUUCAAAUUCAAGCAAUCCGGACCUUACUACUUCAUUAGUGGAAACAAAGAUAACUGUAAUAAGAAUGAGAAGUUGGUGGUCGUUGUUUUAGCAGAAAGAUUACACAAUUAUUCUGCCAACGCAAACCAAACCGCCCCAGCUUCUCCUCCAUCUCCAGGUCCCUCUGACAUGGUCCCAGCUCCUACGCCUAGCGGCGACUACUCUCCUCCUGCAGGUACAGUGGAGAUAAACCCAACUCCAGCUCCCACCUCUCCGCCUCCAAACUCGGCUUCUGCCAUGUUCGUGAGUUUCAUUGGUUCCAUGGGAGCAUUCUUUGCUUCAUCUCUUAUUUUAGCAUUCUAG